AUGAGCAACACCCAGAUAUACUCGGCCACGUACUCCAAUGUGCCGGUGUUCGAGUUCGUGACCUCAGAGGGGCCCAUCAUGAGAAGAAAACUGGACUCCUGGAUAAAUGCCACUCAUAUCCUCAAAAUCGCCAAGUUCCCCAAGGCCAAACGGACAAGAAUAUUGGAAAAGGACGUCCAGACAGGUAUACACGAGAAAGUUCAGGGUGGUUACGGUAAGUACCAGGGUACUUACGUGCCGCUAGAUCUCGGGGCAGAUAUCGCCCGUAACUUCGGGGUGUUUGAAGUCUUGAGACCCAUUUUUGAGUUCCAGUAUGUCGAGGGUAAAUCAGAAACUCCUCCACCUGCCCCCAAGCACAACCAUGCAUCCGCAUUGAAUAUUGCAAAGAGACAGGCAAGCACAGGCUCGAUGGCAGCUGCACCAGCCAGAAAGACUAAAAGUGUGAGCUCCUUAACAGGUGAGCCCCCCAAGAAGCGGGGCAGGCCAAGGAGAGUUGUAUUGAACUCAGCAGAACCGAAGUUAAAACACUCAGACACUACUCCCAUCGAGCCUGGCCCCAGUAUAGGAACAUUCAACAAUAGGGGGUCUUUCUCGUCCCAUUCGCCCCAGCCGCAUCCAGCAACAUUGUUGAGGCAGGACACAGAACAGGAUGCCUUGCAGGUCAUGACGAGUAAUAUGAAUUUGAAGAAUGAUGAUUUGGAGUUAGUGCAAAGCGACGAAGACGAUGAUGAUGCAGACGUGGUGGUUCCAAAGUCUAAUGGAAUAAGCAACCAUUUGUCUAUCAGGAUGGAUUCUCAAGGCGACGAAUUAAUGAAUACCAAGGAAUUGUUUGGCACCCCGCGAGACUCUUUUGAGAAAAUAAUACAGUCCAGGUCAAAUUUCAAUAAUCAUAAUGGACAUUCACAAGUAUCUCAUGAUCCAUAUAGCCUCCUGCAGUACCACCAACCAAGUUUAGCCAAGGUCAGCGAUACAUUGUACUCAGAAUAUUUCUCUAAUUUAUUGACAUACUUUUUGGACGAUUCAAAAAUACGAUCCGAUAACAUUCCUGAUAGAAUUGCAAUACCACCCCAGCCGAUAGCCAAAAUCAAUAUAAAUCAGGCAAUUGACAAUGAUGGCAACACAUUAUUCCAUUGGGCAUGCUCAAUGGCAAAUAUUUCUAUGGUGGAGUUUUUGAUGAGUACUUUCGAAAUUAGUCCCGAAGUCAGAAAUAACCAUGGAGAAACCCCACUAAUGUUUCUCAUUAAGUUCAAUAACUCGUACCAGCUCAAAAAUUUUCCAACCAUUCUUCAGCUCUUACUAGAAUCGAUAUUGUCGGUGGAUAACACGGGCAAAACAGUGUUGCACCACAUUGCAGCCAUAGAUAAUGAUAAGAAGAACAAGGAGAGGUUUUCCAGAUACUACUUAGAAACUAUUUUUGACAAGUUAGUUGAAACACUGGAUGACGAUGAACAAGUCGAAGAUAAUGGAGGUGAAAAUGAAGUGGACAACAAGGAAACAAUUCGCAACAAUAAAGAUUUGAUAACUAAAUUUACCAACCAUCAAGACUCCGAUGGAAACACUGCAUUCCAUAUUGCUGCAUACAGCUUGAAUAAGAAGUGUAUCAAGGUUUUCAUAAGUUAUCACAAGUACAUUGAUUUCACAUUACGGAACUUGGUGUCAUACACGGUGGAGGAUUACUUGGCAUCGCACAAUUUCGUGUUGAGGCUCGGCCAUGAAGAGAUUGCGGAAGGCAAUGAAGAUCUAGAUGAAGGGUUGGUUAACCAGGUCAACAAUGGAACGACACACAGUUUUGAAAGCGAAUUGUACAAUUCGAAGAUGGCGGUGAAUCUACAGAAUACGACUUCGAAUUUGAUCACGGAAAAGUUAACGGAAUUGGCCUACACCAUCGACAAGGAGUUGAGUGAAAAAGACGAGGUGAUUUUAUCGUUGUUUAAGAUCCUCAAGGUGACCAACCAGGGGAAGUUAGAGUCGCAGAAAAAGGUGCUAUCGUUCUUCAAAUUGGACCACCUCAUCGAGGAUUUGGAGAAGGCGUUAAAAAACAGCAAUCCCCAUGACUUGGUGAUUGACUCCAACAAGGACCGGGUGAUUCAAGAGGAGAUCUCGAGGGUAGUUAACGACUUGAGCUACCUGUACUUAACCAAAAAGAAUGAGUUGGACGAGCAGAGCAACAAGUACCAUGGCGUCCAGGAGAAGUUGCAGAUGAAGCAGUUGGAGCAGAUAAUUCAGCAGGAGUUGAAUCACAACCAGGACACACAGGGCGACCAGUUUGAGAAGGCGGUAGAAUUGACGGGAGAGGUCAUCAAGAGACAGAGGCUUCUCCGUCAGGUUCUCGCCAAGCAGUUAGAACUUGUUCCGCAGACCUCCAAGGAUGGCGACGCCGUCAAGGUAGAGAACGGUGAAAAGCCGGGAAUCGUGUCGAAGUAUCCUCAAGAAGAUAAAUUGCACAAGUACUGCAAGUUGAUCUCGUUGUGCUGCGGCAUGAAUGUGGGGGACGUGGAGAGCUCGAUCGAUCUCAUCGAGCAGUCGUUGUUGAAGGGAGGAAAAUAG